UUCGUUCGCGAACGUCACAACUCUAGUGUAGAAUCACUUCUGGCCCUGUAAAGCAGUUACACUGUUGCUCGGGGAAACAUGGCCACUGCUGGAGAUUCGAGAGGAGAGCUUCAGAAGGAAUUAGUCUGUUCUAUUUGCCUCGAUUACUUCGACGACCCCGUCAUUUUAAAAUGCGGCCACAAUUUCUGCCGCAUGUGCAUUUUGAUGCAUUGGGAGGAAAAUGGAGGCGAUGAUGUGGGUUACCAGUGUCCGGAGUGCAGGAUGGUGUUCGCGAAAAUGAGUUUCACCAAGAACUACCUGGUAAAGAACUUAGUGGAUAAACUGAGCGACUUCGACUAUCUGAAGACGUGUAGGCCCACAGCACCCGCGAAACCCGUGAAAAUGGACGGGAAAUGUGAGCGACACCACGAGGAGCUCAAACUGUACUGCCACACGGACCGGAAGCCCAUCUGCGUGGUGUGUCGGGAGUCCAGAGCCCACAGACACCAUGAUGUUGCUCCUGUACCCGAGGUAGUUGAAGACAUGAAGAGUGAGCUGAAGCUGAGACUCAUCAAGCUAAACUGGCAGAAGUCCAUGUGUACGAGAGUAAAGAGCACAGACGAGCAGGCCAAAACUGAUGUCAAGCUCAAAAAACAAGCCUUAAAGGAGAAGAUUGAAGAUGAUGUCGGUGCUCUGGUUCAGUUUUUGUUGGAUGAGAAGGAUGAUCUGCUGGAAAGGCUGGAGGUCGAAGCGGAGGCCACUAUAGGGCUGAUCGAUGCAAACCUGAAGCGCGUGGAGAGCGAGGCAGCCAAAGUGGACAAAGCCAUCACUGAAAUUCAAAAUCAGCUAAGUGACAGCGCUAACUUUGAGAGUAUCAGUAAUUCAUACUUAAGCCCCUGUCAUGUAAACCUCGGCGUCCAGGCCUCUAACUCUCCUCCAGAUUUCUCAGAGUUCACAGGCCCAUUUCAGCUCAUCAUGUGGAAGAAGAUGAUGCACGUGUUACACACAAUGCCUCAGAAUCUGACUCUGGAUUUAGACACUGCUCACCCCUCAUUGGCUAUCAGCGACUUUGACACAAAGGUGGAGGAGGGCCGCGUGCGCUCCCAGGAGCCCGACAUGCCGCAGCGUUUCACCCGUUUCUUCGGGGUGCUCGCUACCGCCCAGUAUUCCAGCGGGCAGCACUACUGGGAGGUGGACGUGCGGGACAAGGGGGUCUGGUAUCUGGGCGUCACCACUGAGUACAGCAACCGCAAAGGUUUUGUAAACCUUUCGCCCUCUGCUGGCUACUGGAGCCUGUGUCUCCAAGACAGACUGUACGCCAACGAGGAAGACUCGCGCGUGCCUGUGGCAGACUAUUGGAACUCUCCUCGUGUCGGUGUCUUCUUAGAUUACGACAGGGGGCACGUUACGUUCUUCGACGCCGUCACUAUGAAACGCAUCUAUAACUUUGUCACAUACUUUGAUGAGCCCGUCUCACCCUUCUUCAGCCCAGGGAAAAACGACCCGGGCAGCCGACUACAAAUAUGUCAUUUCUACUGAAAAUAAAGCGAUGCGUAUGUGCAGUUUGCAACAAAGAAAACAAAUAAGGAUAAAUGCUCCUGUUUUUGUGUUUUAGUAAACAUUUCAGGGCGUUUUCCCUCCUGGAAGUCGGGAGGAUGUUUGUUCUUAAGCUCUGCUGGGUUUUUGGAUUCAGUUCAUCUGAAUUUACUAGUUGCUAGAGCUUUGAUACACCAUAAUCAGACGGAGUGAAUUGAAUUUCUCUUGCUCUUGAAUUAUGAUGUAGCCCCACUGAUUCAGGUAGAGAGGCAUUGCAGGUUUUUACGCACAUGUCGACUUUAGCUGCUCCUUUUCGUCUUGUGUCUUACACCUCAAUGUUGUCUUUUGUACAUCAGUGUAGAGGUGAAAAUAAUAAGGAUUGAAUCAGGUCAAAACAGUGGAUUAAUGGUUGAUAACAUUUCAAAAAAAUUAGUCAUGAUUUAGAUAUUUUUUAAUUUUAUUAACUGUUCUGUAUUCCAUUAUAUGGCAUAUAUUUACGUGUUCUUUUCUUCAUUUUACUUUUUUUUGUUGUCUGUUAGGGAUGUAUUUGUUAGACACACUACCCCAUAAUGUAAUGAGUGUUACAUAAGGCUCUGUGUUCGAACAUUUCGUAAUAGCUCAGACUGCAAUAGGUGCUAUGCAACUUCGAGUACGCAAGUUUUCAGUGACAAAAUAGAUAAGAUGUGCUGUGAGGAGCGUCCUUCUGUUCAUUCAAUUAUGUAGAGAUUUUUAUGAAGGAGUACAUCCUGAAGCAGUGUGCCAUUCAUGUUGCAUCAUUAUGUAAUUUUCAAAAAUAGUUUAAUCACUUUUGUUUUAGAAGUAGUCUAAUCUAAUCUAAUGGGCUGAUGAUAAAGAGAGAUUCUGGAAAUGCUUGUUUUUGUUUCCAUUCAUUCUGAAACGAGCACAAAGUGACAUUUCAACACCCUUAGACUGAGGUCAGAGGGUUUGUUGUUCAUGUUGGUAUUUACAGAUCUAGUUUACAUACUAGAACCACUGCAGUCAUUUGUACAGAAUGUCUUUAGAGCUGAGAAAGGACCAAGGAAACACCGGACCAUGAACAUGCUUUCACAACACUUUGUGUUGCCCAGCUAUGAACUAAGUUUCAAUUAACAUUUAUAGUACUUUAUUAAUAAUCAGUGUCUAUUUUUUCAUAAGAAAUGAGUUCAGCUUGAACACAAUGACUUUUUGUAGAUGUAAUUUUUGGAUUCCUUUCAAUCGGUGAUUUAAGAGAACUGUUACAUCAUCUUUGAGCCUAACUGCUGGAUGGCACCACGAGUACAUUUUUCUUUUAGAUGACUUGUUAAAAACCACUGCGAUAUGUGUUAAAUGUUUUUCUCUGCAGUAAUAGUCAAUUUAAAAAUAAAAAACUACAAUUAUUUUA